UCCUGUAACUACAUUACAGGCUUAAAAAGGUAAUGAAAAUUGCCCGUCGGUGCAGAGGUAAUUGCAACCUGUGAAUGGAAAAGAUGACGUUGUGUACUCGAUUUAUUUUGUUCUGUUUGCUUCUUCUUAUCGCAGGCAGUCCAUCGGAACAACAAAAUGUUUGCGAGUUUCAGAAAGAGACAGGGCCUUGUCUAGCAUCUGAGCAAAGAUACUAUUUCGACAAGGAUUCGGGACUGUGUAGACGCUUUACGUAUAGUGGGUGUGAAGGCAAUGGGAAUAAUUUCGAAACCUAUGAAGAGUGCAGAAAAGUUUGCGGAUGCAUAGCUCCUACAAAAAUCGGAAGAUGUAGGGCAUUGUACCAUCGCUAUUAUUUCAACCAGGAGAAAGGGGAGUGUUUUAAGUUUGCUUACGGUCUAUGCGGCGCUAAUGAGAACAACUUCAGGACUAAAUCAGAAUGUUUGGAGACAUGUGCAUAGAAGAUUUUGCGUAAACUUUUACACUAGUUUUUAUAAAACAUUGAUUCAUAUUACGUUUUAACCUUUCAUAUUCUUGAUCAUGAUUACAAAGCUUUUAAACGUUUUAUAAUGAAAAUACCAUGUGUAGCUAUCGGAAUGCAAAAUAUAUUUUUCAAUAAAAUAUAAAAGACAAAAAAUGCAUAAGAUAUAUGAAAUUGAAAAUAAAUGUAUUCUACCGUG